AGUCCAUUCUCGUACGACUGAAAAAUAAAUCAUCGGUUUGCAGCUCCUUAGCAGGUCCCAAGACGCUGUAGUGCCACCAUUCACCACGUAACUGAACUGUAAUGCCAAGAUGGGUGCCGAGGCGCGCCGACCGAAACGCCGUUUCCGAGGACGGCAUUCCAAUGGUUUUAAAAGACCUUGAGCUCCCUUGACCUUCCCUGUCUGCAGUGGUUGGCAUCAUCACGAUUCAUGAAUCAUCAACAUCAAAUCACCACUCAUCCAACCCGACAUCCCACACUCAACAAUAUUGACAUCGCACCCCGGUCGCUAGUCACCAGCUCCAAACAAACGACCUACUCUUUCGAGUUUAGGUACCUAGUCUAGCAAUCGAUAGCCAACCAGUAUGUCUGGCACAACAACCAUUGACUCGUCGAUGGCAUUCGACCCAUACACCACAACGUCCUUUGACGCUUCCGACCUUCAAACAUAUCCCGACUACUCCCCAAUGUCCUUCUUUGAUACAGAAGACUUCGGUGCAGACUUCUCAUCUGGCUCGGCGGCUUCCCCCUCGUCGCCGCUCUCACCCGCCCUUUCAGCCAGCUCAUUCGGCUUCCCCACGACCGACGCGUGGACCGCCCGGGAUUCGGUAGCGCUCUCCCCCGAGCCCGAGAAGCUCUUUGAGUGCCAGACAUUUGCCUCGUGCUCGCCCUCGAACCCUACCUCGAGCCCGGUCAUCAACCCCUUGGACCUCACCGUCCCACCCUUCUUCCAAUCACCCCAGAUCAUGUUGGCCACCAUCCCCAACCAGCAGCAACCUACCACCACCGCUCUCCCCACGCCCCCGACACCAUCAACAACACCCCCCAUCACCAACACCACCACCAGCACAAAGCGGUACCCAUCCCGCGGACUCAAGCGCAAGUCAGCCAGCAGCCCAUGCGACUCAGAAGAACCCGCCCCCAAGUCAGCCGCCACAUCACCACCAUCCCCCACAACCUCAGCAGCAAACCGCCCCUCCGCCACCCCCACCACCCCCACCGGUACCCCGGCCCCCAAAAAGACAGCCCACAACAUGAUCGAGAAGCGCUACCGCACCAACCUCAACGACAAGAUCACCCAGCUGCGCGACGCCGUGCCCUCCCUGCGCAUACUGGCCCACCAGCGGUCGCCGACAACGACCACAGAUGCUACUGCUGCUGCUGCUGCCGACGUCGACGUGGAUGAGGCUGCCACCGGGAACGGGGGUGGAGGUGGGAGGCUGAAUAAGGCUACUAUUCUGAGCAAGGCGACCGAGUAUAUUAUGCAGCUGGAGCGGAGGAAUCUGGGGUUGGAGGCUGAGAAUGGGGCGUUGAGGGGGCGGGUGGAGGGGUUGGAGAUGUUGUUGAUGGGGAGUGUUAACGGUGGUGAUGACGGUGGUAGUGCUGUUGGGGAGAGUGGGGGUGUGCGGGUUGUGGGGGGUUGGAAUUAGGGGGUUUGGUUGGGGAUUCUUCUUUUUUUGUUUGUUCUCGGGUUGGGCGGGUGCGGAACUUUAGGUUUAUCACGGUAGCGUUGGAAACGGGUUGGCAUUGGGUCAACAGUCGGUGGAUUGUGUCAGGUUGUUAUGAUACCUCGGGAUUUGGGCUGCAUUGGGACGGGAGUUACUCUGGGAAGGGGGUCAAAAUAGUGCUGCGGGUUCCGAGGGGUCGAUUUGAUCAGAUUAAAUUAAUUCUAAGCCACGGUUUAAAGACAAUAUCUCAUCUCUGCG